AUGGCGCCGGGUCGCGUGUGGACGCUUCUGUUCGCGCUGCUGGUCGCCGAUCUCGUAGCCCCGAUUCACGCUGCCGCACCGCCUCAUGGAGGAGGCGGCGACAAGAACACCGGCACCGUGAUCGGCAUCGACCUGGGCACGACCUACUCGUGCGUCGGCGUCUACCGGAACGGCCACGUCGAGAUCAUCGCCAACGACCAGGGCAACCGGAUCACGCCCUCCUGGGUCGCCUUCACCGACGGCGGCGAGCGGCUCAUCGGCGAGGCCGCCAAGAACCAGGCGGCGGCCAACCCGGAGCGCACCAUCUACGACGCCAAGAGGCUCAUCGGCCGCCAGUUCGACGACGCCGUGGUGCAGCGCGACAUGAAGCUGCUGCCCUACGCCGUCGUCGACAGGAACGGCAAGCCGCACGUGCGGGUCCAGGUCAGGGACGGCGACGUGCGCGAGUUCAGCCCCGAGGAGGUGAGCGCCAUGGUGCUCACCAAGAUGAAGGAGACCGCCGAGGCCUACCUCGGCGAGAAGGUCACGCACGCCGUCGUCACCGUCCCGGCCUACUUCAACGACGCGCAGCGCCAGGCCACCAAGGACGCCGGCGUCAUCGCCGGCCUCACCGUGCUCCGCAUCGUCAACGAGCCCACCGCCGCUGCCAUUGCCUACGGCAUCGACAAGAAGGGCGCCGAGAAGAACGUCCUCGUCUUCGACCUCGGCGGCGGCACCUUCGACGUCAGCGUCCUGGCUAUCGACAACGGAGUCUUCGAGGUGCUCGCCACCAACGGCGACACCCACCUCGGCGGCGAGGACUUCGACCAGCGCGUCAUGGACUACUUCAUCAAGCUCAUCAAGCGCAAGCACGCCCGGGACAUCGCCGGCGACGCCCGCGCGCUGGGGAAGCUGCGCCGCGAGUGCGAGCGCGCCAAGCGCGCGCUCAGCAACCAGCACCAGGUGCGCGUCGAGAUCGAGGCGCUCUUCGACGGCGUCGACUUCUCGGAGCAGCUCACAAGGGCUCGCUUCGAGGAGCUAAACAACGACCUGUUCCGGAAGACGAUGGUGCCGGUGAAGAAGGCCAUGGCGGACGCCGGGCUGAAUAAGGGCGACAUCGACGAGAUUGUGCUCGUCGGCGGCAGCACCAGGAUCCCCAAGGUGCAGCAGCUGCUCAAGGACUACUUUAACGGCAAGGAGCCCAGCAAGGGGGUCAACCCCGACGAGGCCGUCGCGUACGGCGCCGCCGUCCAGGGAAGUAUCCUCAGCGGGCACGUCGACGAGAACACCAAAGGCAUGAUCCUCCUCGACGUCGCACCGCUGACACUGGGCAUGGAGACCGCCGGCGGGGUGAUGACCAAGCUGAUCACGAGGAACACGGUGGUGCCGACGAAGAAGACGCAGGUGUUCACCACGUACCAGGACAGGCAGACCACGGUGAGCAUCAAGGUGUUCGAGGGCGAGCGGAGCAUGACCAAGGACAACCGCCUCCUCGGCAAGUUCGACCUCACCGGGAUCCCGCCGGCGCCUAGGGGCACGCCGCAGAUCGAGGUCACCUUCGAGGUGGACGCCAACGGCAUCCUCCACGUGACGGCGGCGGACAAGGGCACCGGCAAGUCGGAGAAGAUCACCAUCACGAGCGACGACCGCCGGCUCAGCCAGGAGGAGGUCGACCGGAUGGUCCGUGAGGCGGAGGAGUUUGCGGAGGAGGAUCGGAAGGUGAGGGAGCGGGUCGACGCGCGCAACAAGCUGGAGACGUACGUCUACCAGGUCAAGAGCACCAUGGAUGACACCAAGAUGGCCGACAAGAUGGACGUCGAGGACAAGGAGAGGAUGGAGGAGGCAGUCAGGGAAGCCAACGAAUGGCUCGAGGGCAACUCCUUAGAUGCUGACAAGGAGGACUACGAGGAUAAGCUCAAGCAGCUGGAGGAUGUGUGCAACCCUAUCAUCUCGGCGGUGUACCAGAAGUCGUCCGGCAGUCCAGGGGAAGACAACUACGAUGAGGAUGAUCAUGAUGAACUUUAG